UGGGAGUGUUUCACCCCCACCGACAGCUCUCCCUCCCCUUCCUUUUUUUUCCCCUUCAAAGUUUUCUUAGGAGCGGGGAGAGGGGUAGGAGAGGAAGAGCGUCCAGCCAGCCUCCGUCCUCACCCUCUCCCUGUCUAACUUACCCCCGCCUCCCCUCCAUCCCCUGCGCACCGCGGCCCCUCCGGAGCAGCGCUCCUGACAAUUGGAGCGCGGCUCCUUUAAGAGCCCGGCUUUGCCUCCCGGUAGCUGAAGGUCAUUAAACACAAAAGCUCUCAGCGCUGCGGUCCAAUAUAGCGCAUGCGCCCUGCCCGAGGACUGGCAGAGAGACGGCAAUAUGGCGAGAAUGCCUGGCAGCGGGGACUGUAACACCAGCGCGGGCGGCAGCGCCAGCGCCGCCGCCGCCGCCGCCGCCGAGAACAAUGGGGAGCGGGGCGAGGGCGAGCGCGGUGCGGGGGGCCGCGGCCGCCGCCACGGUCGCCCGCACUACUGCAGCGCGGGCGAGGAGGAGGAGGAAGAGGAGGAGGAGGACGAGAUCCAGGAGGUGCAGAUAACGGGGGACGAGGAGGAGGACGGAGGUGGGGGGCUGGAGGAGGACGAGGAGGAGGAAGAGGAGGAGGAAGAGAUGGGGCUGGACUGGGACGAGCCCCUGGAGCCCGAGGACUCGGCCGGGGAGGAGCUAGAGCCCGAGCCGGUCCAUAUGAUCAAUAUGGACCAGAGCGCCGCGCUGGAGCCCGAGGCACCGCCGCGACUGCUGGCGCCCCGGGCCCGCGGCGGGCCGCCCGGGGACGGCGCCGAGCUGGACCCCGACGUGCUGCAGCGCCCCGAGCGGGCCCGGCUGAGCGAGAACACCCGGCUGGCCACCCGCUACGCCGUGCGCAUCUUCCGGGAGUACCUGAGCGAGAAGGCGCAGAGCCCGGACUUCGAGACCAUGGACAAGGGGGCGCUGUGCCGCGUGCUGCGCUCCUUCUACGCCGAGGCCCGCUCCAAGAGCGGCCAGCUCUACAGCAAGUCGUCGCUCAUCAGCAUCCGCAGCUCCCUCAACCGCUACCUCAACGAGCCCCCGUACUGCCGCACGCUCGACCUCACCAAGGACCCCGAGCUUCGCAGCGCCAACCUGACGCUGGCCGCGGUCAUCCGCAAGCUCGAGGAGCAGGGCGCCGGGCCCGUGGUGCAGAAGCAAGCCAUCACGCGCGCCGACCUGCGCAAGCUCUACACCUCCAGCGUCUUCAGCACCAACACGCCCUUCGGGCUGCUCAACAAGGUCUGGUUCGAGACGUGCAUGUACUUCUGCACGCGCGGCCGCGAGAACCAGCGCGAGCUGGAGGAGGACUCUUUCGGGCUGGCCAUGGACGAGGACGGCCGCAAGUUCGUCUACUUUAAAUCCCUCGGGCCCUACCACAAGUCGCGCUCGUCGUCGUGGAGCAAGAAGCGCGCCGAGAGCAGUGACGAGGAGAACUUGCCCCGCAUGUACGAGACCGGCACCGAGUUCUGCCCCUACGCCAGCUUCGUCAAGUACCUGUCGAAGCGCAACCCCCUCUGCAAGGCGUUCUUCCAGCGGCCCCGGGACCACUGCAGCGAGGGCGAUGUGACCUGGUACGAGAACAAAGCCAUCGGCAAGAACUUGCUAGGCACCAGGAUGCAGAUGCUCUCUAAGGCGGCCAAGCUCUCCAAGACCUACACCAACCAUUGCAUCGGCGCCGUCUCCAUCGCCACGCUCAACAGCAUCGCGGGCAUCGGCACCAAACUGGGCUCGCCCACCCCGCAGGGCUGCUACGCUGAGGCUCUGAACGGGGCGGCUCGCCACCACUCCCACCACCCCCCCACCCAUCCCUCCCACCACCACCGCCCCCAGCCGCCCUCGCUGGGGAACAGCUAUAUCCUCCCCAAAGACAGCCAGCUCGGGCCCGACGUGAAAUCCGAGGCUGCGCCCAAGCGCGCCCUGUACGAGUCCGUGUUCGGGUCCGGGGACAUCUGCGGCCCCUCUUCCCCCAAAAGACUUUGUAUCCGCCCCUCGGAGCCUGUGGAUGCGGUGGUGGUGGUUUCCGUGAAACACGACCCCCUGCCUCUUCUUCCAGAAGCCAAUGGUCACAGAAGCACCAAUUCUCCCACAGUAGUUUCACCUGCUAUUGUUUCCCCCGCCCAGGACAGUCGGCCCAAUAUGUCAAGACCUCUGAUCACUAGAUCUCCUGCGUCUCCACUGAACAACCAAGGCAUUCCGACUCCAGCACAGCUCACCAAAUCCAAUGCGCCCGUCCACAUUGACGUGGGCGGCCACAUGUACACCAGCAGCCUGGCCACCCUCACCAAAUACCCUGAAUCAAGACCAUGGAAACAGCUCCACUUCUGGAUUCUUGCCUGGAUUACUACAUGCUCAAGGGACUCCGCGCCUGCACCUUCUGAUCCUUUAUCUUAAAUGCCCCUGCCUGUUGCAGAACUGCUGCGCUGGUCCAAGAUGAUUUUUAUCAUUAGGAGAUAUGUUUGAGCAUAUGUCAAGACUCUUUGAAACAAGCCUUACAAAGUAACUUCUGUUUCUAUAGCUUACAGCUAAAGCAGAUGACACUGGGUUAGAUGUUGAAUUGACUGCUGUAUGUUACUUUGAUCCCUCUUGGGGUUUUUUUGGUGGGGGGGAGGGAGUAAUUAAAAGUUCAUUUCAAAGCAACAAUCAGAUUAAUGGGACCCAUACACAAAUUUUAGUAGUCAGAUAUACAGGGAAGAAAUAGUUCUUCAUGCUUUUCCCAUAGAUGUCAGGUGUUCUUUGCAACUUGUGAGAGAAUCUCUUGCAUAUCAUUAGCACUUUGGGGAUAAAUCCUGGGGCGUUAGGUUGCCCAUGACCAUAGAAUUAGUUCUGUAGCUUCUGGUCCUUUGAGCCCUUCUCAUGCUAUGGGCCCAUUCCCUGCCGCUCUCCCCACUUAGAGCACCCUGGCUCUGCUCUCCCCCACCUUUUCCUGGGUGUGGCCCGGAGGGGAGGGGACUCUUUCCUUGGUUUUGUUUCCUAGGGUUUCAAAGGGAGACUUGUAGUGUAAAAGUACUAAUUCGUUUGUAACGAGUGAUAUUUAAAGAUGUAAUAUCUUUCUGCCAUUUCAAAGGUCCUACAAAGAGCCUGUACUCCAUUUUGAAAUAUUGUAGGUGAUUUUUUAUUCUAUUUACUGCCCUCUUUGCUACAGACCACCUUUAGAACAUUGUCCCCAGAAAGUGGUACAGUGGACCACACAGCUAAAAUUUAGAAGCACCUGGGAAGCAUUAGAAGGCCAUGCGAGGCCCUGGCCCAGACCAAUAAAACGGGAAUCUCUGCGAUUUUCCUGAGAGAUCCUGAUUUUCCCCAUCUGGCUUUGAACAACACCAAGUUGUAUGGUCCCUCCAAGUGAAUAUAGCCCUCUUCCUCAAUGAAUAUUUCAUGCUAUAUCAUAAGGGUCAUUCCACCAAAAGAAAAUACCUUUUGAUUUUCAUUUCUUUAAUUACCAAGUUUACCUGGUUCCACUGUGUGUGUACCCAUGUCCUUUUUUUUUUUGGCUUGUAUACCCUGAGUCAGAUUCAAUAAGCAAUUUGACUUUUAAAUUUUACAACAAGGUUAAUCACUUCCCUUGUUACUCACUUGCAUCAUCAGGUGGUUUUUAGCUAAGCGGACCGAAGGUUUCAAAUUAACUGAAGUACCACGUACAUCAGUGAUGUGCUCUGUCUUUGCCAGUGUUUUGUGUAAGAUGCAAAACAGCUCUUUGGGGGCGUUUACGAGACACAGGCUGAUCCGCACGACCUCAGUGAUAAACACGGUUCCCCUUCAGAGGAGCCUGCAAGUCUCCAAUUCUGGUUGCUAUUUUGAAUUGUAAUCACCAAGAAAAACACCCAGUUCAGAUCUGCAGUAAUUUUACAUCAAAUAAGUAAAACAAAAAAAGUCAAGAAAAAUACAUCAGCAUCAUGAAAAGAUUUUAAACGGAUAUACAAAGAAGUUGGAACAUACUUAACAGUUUGUUAGCUUGGUUUAUAAGUUGUAAAUAUCUAGACAUGUGGGAGGUGGGCCUCCCUUGUCCUCUGCCCUGGGACCCACAAAUUUUAAGGACAGACCUGAUUAUAUAUCUGAUUCAAAAAUCCAAGGCACCUACUAUUAACAUCAUUGAUAAGGAAAAAUCUAGGUAUCUAAAUAAUUAGUCAUAAGUAAUUAAGAUUGGUACCAAAUUACGUGGUCUUUUUGAAAUCUCCCACUGUUGACACUCUGAAAUGUCUUCUUAGGCACAUGUGUGUGUGAUAUUAAA